UCAGAGCUAGCAGAGCGGACAGAUACUUAGUAUUCUUAUUCUUUUACAUUUUUUUAAUUGAAUAGAAUAUUCCCGUUAAGAAAUAGCAUGUCCUAAAGCGGGAUAUCCCCAUAAUCUGUCCAAGGUUUCUAUUCGGCAGCAUGCAUAUUUACGGAGACGGCGAGCACAGUGUGAAUGCAUGGAACGCUGUGGAUGUGCUGAUCGACGGUCUGUAUCACCACGGCCUGGUGCUUGACGCUGGAGAAUCCGGAUUGACGAUUGAUUUCCAGUGUCCUGACCAGCACUCCCAGUUUAUCCACUAUCGCAGCAUUUUCGAUAACUCCUGUGCAGCCUUACCCAACUGGUUCGACUAUAUUCCGGAGUACCCGGCCUUAGAGCAGGGUCGUGGGACUCGUGGCGCAAGCGUGACGAUGGAUGUCGAAGUUCUGCUGCGGACGCGCAGCAACCGCCCCUGGGUGUGGUAUCCUGCCAGACUCGAUCGGACAUUUGAUUCCUACACCAUGGGCUUGGGCUUCCACCUCUUUGUGGAAGUGCAUUGCGGGAACGAUGUCAUCAGAACGGUGCUUCCACGGGCGCAAGUGCGAUUUCCACUGUCGCCAGAGGAACGCAAAAAGAAGCUAGUGCGGAUACAUGAUUUUGUCACUCGCUCUGUGGCUUUACCGAGCAGUUGUGCACCGUCGAUUUCGCCUGUGUUGCUGGGUCUGUUUGCACGGGAUUUCCGGGGAAAUCAUUUUAUACGUGUCGAAAAAGACCACAUCGUGUACCUGCAGCGUCAGGGUGCGCCAUCGUUGGAUCCUCAAAAUAUCAAAAAAUGGUUUGAACGAAAUAAACAAUCAAUCCAGUCGUACAUCGAUAAAGGCGAAAAAUUCCCGAAUGAAGCGCGGAUUUGUCGACGCAUUCCGACCUGGAAAGCUCCAGAAGUGCCCGAUCCACCGCAUCACCACGAUAGGUUGCCGCCGAUUUUGGAACUUCUUACUGAAACCCUGGAAGCGCUCAGCACCGUGGAUCGGGUCCGGUGUCGGCGCGUGUGCGCCUUGUGGAACGAUAUCUUGACCACAGAGAAAAAUCUCAAGGAAGUGCGCGUGUCUUACAGAGACAGCAUCGCCCCAGAUCUUCCCUGGGAUGCGAUGUACACUGUGGCCGCAACGCUGCUGAAAUACGCUACCCAUCCCUCAACGGAAAAACUGGUGAUUGCGGAUGUAGAUGAAAAAUUAUUCUCGGUGACGAUACUACUGCUUGAAGAUGUCCUGAAGCGCUCCGCUAUUACAACAGUAAUUUUGGCAAACUGGCAGUUUGGGAUAUCAUCGGCAGAGCGACCGCUGUCUUGUUAUACCGGCGCAAUAUCCCAACACUGCCGGCGUUGUGCAGGGUUGUAUGAUACCCUUGUUUGGAAGAACUGUCGCGUUAUGAAGGAGGAUCUGUCGGCGUCCAUUCCCCUCUGUAUUACCCAGCUGGCUUCAGGUGGUGCUGAAAAGGAUUUAUGGAAUGCCUGGGAAAACAGUGUGGUUCUGCCGGAAGCGAUGAGCUCCCUUUCGGAAUGGAUUAAAUUAAUUGGCCAACAGAACGAAGAGAACCAAGAGAAUGAAGAGUUAUGUGAUUUGAUUGUCCAGGUCUUAUGCGAGUAUCAGAGUUUGGACCCUCGAGUCCCUGUACAUUACCGAGAUCAGGGAUGGACCGAUCAGAAUUUGGAAUCUCUGGAUGUGACCAAAUUGACCCGGAUAACUCUGUACCAGCUGUGCUAUUUAAGACAGAAGUUUGGAGAUAGAAGCGUCGUGAUACUGACAUAGUUAUUGUUAUAAUGUUCUGUUGGAAUAAAAUGAAUGUGUAUAGAACAAAAUACAGUUCGUGAUGUUAAUAAAGGUUACCAGACUCA